CGUAAUUUUGGCGCGGAAGUUUGGAGACGACGUCGGCGGGUUCGAGGGGGCUGCCGCAGUUAGGAGAUUCGUGGAAGAUUUGAGAUCGCAGGAUUUCAUCUAGUUGGCUACGUGCUCAGCCAUUUUAUAUAAUUAUUAUUUCGUAAGCGUAUUGCCAAGGAGGCCAGAAGAGCAGAAGUUUUGAAGAUGCAGCGGAGUAUAGCGUCAUUUUUCCAGCCGAUGAAAGGAAAGGAGAAGAAAGAAGAAAAGCCAACAAAAGAAGAGAAGCCAGCAGAAAAGAAACAGAUAAUCAAAUCCCCACUUAAACCUCAAAAUGGAAUAACUGACUCCGAGUCCCCAGUGAAAAGGAGUGUGAAGAAGUGUCGAGCAAUCAUAGACAGCGAUGAUGAUGAGCCGACCGUUGAGGAGCCAUCUCGGGCAAAGAAAGAACCACGGGAGACAUCACCUGAUGCAGAAGAGAACCAGGAUCCACCACUUUCAUCACCUCCACAAGUAAAGACAACUGUGAACUCCUCCGUUUCUCCGGGAGAGAGAGCCUCGGAUUCUGACGCUGUAAUCUCGCCAUCUGGCAUUCCCAAGCGCAGGACAGCACGGAAGCAGUUCCCCAAAAGGAAGCUCCACUCCACUGAAGAGAGUAGUGUGCCUGAUGGGAAUGAUGCCAAGAAAGCCCGCUAUGAUGAAAAGAGGGAAGAGCAUGAAAAUGAGGAAGAAGAAAAUAUGGAAGUGGAUGAGUUGCCCGCAGAGCAAGAGAAAGGCGGCAAGGACGACGUUACUGAAAAUAAAGAUCACUCAGAACAAUCAACGGAGGAAUGUACCAGAGAAGGAAAGAGGGAAGUCGAACAAACACGUGAAUGUGAAGACAGCAGAGAAAGUGAUCCAGAAGUGAGAAACGCAGAGAGCGAAAAGGAACAAAGUGAUGCAGAAGAAACUCCAACAAAAACAGCCGAGAUCAAAGAUGACACAAUGCCUAAUGUGGAAUCAGACGCUGCAGAUAAAGAGGAAUCGCGCAAAAAUAUGAAGACUGGAAGCUCUCCUAAACAGGUGGAGAAAACUAAAGGGUCACCUGAAAGCAAAGCACAAAAGGGCAAAGGUGACGGGUCAGGAAAACGUAAAUCAAAAGGAGACAAAGAAGACGGAUCUCCCAAACAAGAAAAGAGAGACAAAAAAUCCCCAAAACAGGAAGCCAAAAAAGUGAAAGUUGAAUCCUCCCCAUCUCAGGUGGAAAAAAAGCAUAAACAGGAGGAUGCUGGGAAAAGCGCCAAGCAAUCAGAUACAGCAGAGGAGUCUGAAAAGACACAAGUGACAAAGGCCAAGCCCAUUAGCAGCUUCUUUGCUCCCCGGAAAGCUGCCGUCAAAUUAGAGAAGCCUGCGGCAGAGAAAUCUGUAAAUCCUCUCUCUUCUCCCGAAGAGUCUGGUACAAAAGAAACAAAGCAAUCGAGCUUUUUUGGAUCUUCUGUGAAGACGGACGCUGCCAAGGAAACAUCUUCAGACUACAACCCAUCAAAGUCGCACUAUCAUCCAGUUGAUGAUGCCAUCUGGAGCCAUGGACAAAGGGUUCCAUAUUUGGCUGUAGCUCGAACGUUUGAAAAAAUUGAAGAGGAGUCUGCAAGACUGAGGAUCAUUGAGAUUCUCAGCAAUCUCUUCCGCUCAAUCAUUGUGCUCACUCCUCAAGACCUCCUUCCAUCUCUGUAUCUUUGCCUAAACCGACUUGGCCCGUCAUUUCUGGGAUUAGAGUUGGGUGUCGGAGAAACUGUGCUGAUGAAAGCGGUCGCUCAAGCCACAGGUCGCCAGCUAGACAAGAUCAAAGCAGAAGCCCAGGAGAAGGGAGAUCUGGGCCUGGUGGCAGAGAGCUCUCGCAGCAACCAGCGCAUGAUGUUCACGCCUCCCAACCUCACUGUUGUUGGAGUUUUUAAUAAGCUGACGGAUAUUGCCAAAAUGACCGGAAAUGCUUCCAUGAAUAAGAAGAUUGAUAUCAUCAAAGGACUGUUUGUGGCUUGCCGAUUCUCUGAGGCCCGUUAUAUUGUAAGGUCACUUGGUGGAAAGCUUCGAAUUGGAUUGGCAGAACAGUCUGUGCUGGCAGCUUUGGCACAAGCCGUGUGUCUGACUCCACCAGGGCAAGAAUUCCCACCCAAAAUUGUCGAUGCAGGCAAGGGACAGUCUUCUGAGUCACGCAAGGCCUGGAUUGAAGAGAAGGCCCUCAUUCUGAAGCAGACCUACUGUGAGCUCCCUAAUUAUGAUGCCAUCAUUCCUGUCAUAUUGGAAGAGGGCAUUGAUGAGCUUCCCAAACGCUGCAAGCUAACCCCAGGGGUGCCCUUAAAGCCAAUGUUGGCCCACCCUACACGUGGAAUCGGUGAGGUGAUGAAGAGGUUUGAUGAGGCUGCUUUUACUUGUGAAUAUAAAUAUGAUGGAGAAAGAGCUCAGAUUCAUAUUUUGGAGAAUGGAGAGAUUCAUAUUUAUAGUCGCAACCAAGAAAACAACACCAGCAAAUAUCCUGACAUCAUCUCUAGGAUACCCAAGGUGAAAAAGGCAGAUGUGGUGUCUUGCAUUAUUGACGCUGAGGCAGUGGCUUGGGAUCAGGAAAAGAAACAAAUCCAGCCAUUCCAAGUACUAACCACUCGUAAGAGAAAGGAUGUUGACGCAUCUGAGAUCAAAGUUCAAGUGUGUGUUUAUGCUUUCGAUCUUCUGUAUCUCAAUGGAGAGUCUUUGGUUCGCCAGCCUCUGUCCAAAAGACGUCAACUGCUUAAAGAAAGCUUCAUUGAGAAGGAGGGAGAGUUUGUGUUUGCCUGCUCCAUUGACUCUGACAACACUGAUGUCAUCGCUGAAUUCCUGGAGCAGUCUAUCAAAGAUUCCUGUGAAGGGCUAAUGGUGAAAACCCUGGAAAAAGAUGCCACCUAUGAAAUUGCCAAAAGAUCACACAACUGGCUGAAGCUGAAAAAAGACUAUUUAGAAGGAGUCGGAGACACUUUGGAUUUGGUCGUGAUUGGAGCAUUUUUGGGAAAGGGCAAAAGGACUGGGACCUACGGGGGCUUCCUUUUGGCUUGUUAUGAUGAAGAGAAUGAAGAGUAUCAGUCCAUUUGUAAGAUUGGGACAGGAUUUAAGGAUGAAGAUCUGGAGCAGCAUUUCAACUUCUUCAAGGAGCAUACAUUGCCUAAAUCCCGGCCAUACUAUCGCGUGGAUCAGUCAACUGAACCAGAUGUGUGGCUGGAUGCCGUUCAAGUGUGGGAAGUCAAGUGUGCCGACCUCUCCUUGUCGCCAGUUCACAAAGCAGCCAUGGGCCUGGUUGACCCAGAUAAAGGCAUUUCUCUCCGUUUUCCCCGAUUUCUGAGGAUUCGAGAUGACAAGAAACCAGAAGAGGGUACUUCUGGAUCACAGGUGGCAGAUUUGUAUAGAAAACAGCAGCAGAUUCAGAACCAGGGUGCUUCUGAAAAUGCAGAACUGGAGGACUAUUACUGAAAUGUCCUUACCUCGUGUGCGUACCAAGCUGUGAAGGGAGCCUUUGCCGAAAUGUGUCCUUAUGUAAAGAUUUUGACUGUUAAUGCAUUCCUGUCGUGGCUUUGGAUGGCGGAUGCUGUUGCUGUUUUUGCUUUUUGUUCUUCGCGUCUCACCUGUCCCAUCAGAUCUGACCAUUCCUCAAUGGAUAGUGACGACCUUAAGGUAUUCUUACUUGUCUUGUCUUGUUAAUUGUAAAUACUUCCAUUUCCUCACACACAACUGCCGGUGGUGUUCCUGUACUUGCUGCAGACAGACGUUAUUUUUACAUACAAGUCUGCGUCUUUCCUUUGCAAAGCUCCGACUCCUCAACUUGUAUGGUCAGCUCAACAAAUGCAGCCUUACUCAGAUGGUUAGAUAUAUAAGGACUGCACCGUACUUGUUUAUUUUUUGAAUUAUCUGUAUGUUAUUAUUGAAUUGUUUGCUGACAGAUACAUUGAGAUUCAUUGUGUCUCGAUGCUAAAGGGCGCGUCUUACAAUGGUACAAUACAAAACAAGAUGUCCUCCAGAACACGAUAAUUGUUGUCUUUCAUCCAUCAAUUUAUUUCCGACACUUCAUUGUAAAUUAAACUCUUAGUUGUUUUGUACUAAAAGUCAUAAUAAACCUAAAGCUUUGAGCAGCAAA